CUUGAGAAAAACGAGUUCUUCCACGUGCUACGGACGGUCUCUCUGAUUGGCGGGUUCUCUCUGACGUCAUGGCCAUUAUGGCCGCCUCCUCGUGCCGUGCAUGUGCGUGAGUGACUGCUGCGUCGUGAAACACAGACAACAAAGAUGAAGGUCAAGAAGGUCACGAAAGUGAGGAGGUCUCGGCUGAUCUCCUCUAAGAGAGGGGUUGUGGUGAAGGGUGAGUGGAAGGCAGUGAAUGUGGACCCCAGUGUGUUCUCCGAUGAUGGGCUGGACGGUCUGGUGUGUUUCGAGGAGCUGACUGAUUACUCUCUGGUGGAGCCGGAGAAGGCCCUGACCGCGCAGGACCACAGUCAGACCCCCAGCAGAGCCAAGAAGAAGAAGAGAAAACAAAGGGAGGGAGAUGUUAAAGAAAAACCUGCUAAUAAGAAGAAGAAGAGCCAGCCGGAGGAGGAAGCUGAAGAGGUGUCUGUGCUGGACGAGACGCUGGAGGACGAGGACGAGGACGAGUGUCCUGACGUGACUCCAGAGACACCGCACAAGACCUCCAAGAAGAAGAAGCAGCGGAAGAAGAAGAAGAAGAAAGAAGAGACAGGAGAUCAGUCUCAGAAGAAAGAAGAAGAGGCAGGAGCUCAGUCUCAGAAGAAGAAGAAGAGCUGGAGCAGAGGUCAGGAGGGUUCGGAGGGUCAGAGGUCAGACGUGAGCGCGUGGAAGGAUCUGUUCGUUCCUGCUCCUGUGUUAGAAGCUCUCAGUGUACUUGGGUUCUCAGCGCCGACCCCGAUCCAGGCCCUGACGCUCCCGCCGGCCAUCAGAGACCGGCUGGACAUCCUGGGAGCGGCCGAGACCGGCAGUGGGAAGACGCUGUGUUUCGGUAUUCCCAUGAUCCACAGCGUUCUGGAAUGGAGGAAAGCCUCAGAUGGAGAGCAGAAGACUGACGGACCUGAAGACACAGAGGUGUGUGUGGAGAGCCUGUACCUGCCCACGUCCAGCGAGACCCCAGACAGCAGUCCAGCGCCGGAGACGAGCGGAGACCCUGAGGAGACGGAGACGAGCGGAGACACGCGGGAGGAGAACGAGGAGGAGCAGGAGGAGGGAGCAGAUCAAACACAGAGGAACACACACAAGCAGCCGCUGCUCGGUCUGGUCCUCACUCCCACCAGAGAGCUGGCCGUUCAGGUCAAACACCACAUCGACGCUGUGGCCCGCUUCACCGGUGUGAAGACGGCCAUCGUGGUGGGAGGGAUGGCUCCUCAGAAACAGCAGCGUGUUCUGAUGCGGCGGCCGGAGAUCGUCAUCGCCACCCCGGGCCGUCUGUGGGAGAUGAUCCGAGAGAAGCACCCGCACCUGCAGAACCUGCGGCAGCUGCGGUGUCUGGUGAUCGACGAGGCCGACCGCAUGGUGGAGAAGGGACACUUUGCGGAGCUGGAGAACCUGCUGGAGAUGCUCAGCACGUCUCAGUUCAACCCCAGCAGACAGACGUUCGUGUUCUCGGCCACGCUGACCAUGGAGCACAGUCUCCCGGUGCGCCUGCAGCAGAAGAAGCGCAAGAAGACGGAGCAGCGCAGCCGACUGCAGCUCCUGAUGGAGAAGGUGGGCAUCAAAGGCAAGCCCAAAGUCAUCGACCUGACGCGUAAAGAAGCCACGGUGGAGACGCUGACGGAGACCCGCAUCAACUGCACCAAGGAGGAGAAGGACCUGUUCCUGUACUACUUCCUGCUGCAGUAUCCCGGCCGCAGCAUGGUGUUCGCUAACAGCAUCGACUGCAUCAAGCGUCUGAGCGCGCUGCUGCAGAUCCUGGACUGCGCUCCUCUGCCGCUGCACGCGAACAUGCACCAGAAGCAGCGUCUGAAGAACCUGGAGCGCUUCGCCGAGUCCGACAGCUGUGUUCUCCUCACCACGGACGUCGCUGCUCGAGGCCUGGACAUCCCUAACGUCCAGCACGUGAUCCACUAUCAGGUCCCCCGCACCACUGAGACGUACGUCCACCGCAGCGGUCGAACCGCCCGUGCUGCCCGAGAGGGUCUGACCCUGCUGCUGAUCGGACCGGACGACCUGAUGAACUACAGGAAGAUCUGCCGGACCCUGGCCAAGAGCGAGGAGCUGCCCGUGUUCCCUGUGCAGAGCGCCUGCAUGAACGCCAUCAAGGAGCGUGUGACUCUGGCUCGGAAGAUCGAGAAGAUGGAGUACUUCCACAGCCGAGAGAAGCAGCACAACUCCUGGGUGAGGCAGGCGUCUGAGGCCAUGGAGCUCGACGUGGACGAGGAGCUGCUGCUGGGAGGAGGUAAGGACGAGUGCGAGGAGCGAGAGCAGCAGAGGUUGAUGAAGAUCCUGAAGAAGCAGCUCAAACAGCUGAUCUCACAGCCAGUGUUCACACACCAGAGGAAGACCAAGUACCCCACACAGAUGGGUCGACUGCAGCCGUCCCGGACCACAGCAGACACCGCGCUGGCCAGCCUGAGCCGCGACACACUCCCGCGCUAGCAUACACCGCUCACUCGUGUGCUUUACUGAUCCUCCUCAGCGCCGGGGAGAACGAUUAAUAACACGUCUGUCUCUAUAGUAGUGGAUUCAGUGCAAACACAAACCUGAUUAUUUAUAAUGAACUACACAACUCGUCUGUCUCAUAAAGUGAAAAAACUUUGACUGGGAUCCAAAAUGUAUGUGCUUUUAUUUCCAAUAAUUUUUCUACAUUUUAAUGACUUGUUAAAUGUUAAAUCUGUCAGCUUUUCUUCUUGGGCAUUUCUCCCAAAGCAUUCACUCACUCUCAUGUUGUUGGAUUUUGAGAAAACGUGUAAAAAUGAGCUUCAGAUUGAACUGGAACUGAAACGUCACACUGUCCUUGUUAAAUAGAUUUUGAAAUGAUUUCACAGAAUUACUGAUGACUCGGUUAUUUUCAAGCUGAAGAAUAAAAACAUUAGAACAGAA